AUGGCCCCAAAACGCGUUCUUAUCACGUACGGUGUCGACGUCGAUGCUGUGGCCGGGUGGCUCGGCUCGUAUGGCGGCGAAGAUUCCCCGAACGACAUCAGCCGUGGGCUCUGGGCAGGGACAGUAGGGACCAGACGUCUGCUGAAAUUGUUCGACAAGUACAACAUCAAAACUACCUGGUUCAUCCCGGGCCACUCGCUGGAGACCUUCCCCGAGGACAUGGCAGCUGUCCGAGACGCGGGUCAUGAAAUUGGGCUGCACGGCUACUCGCACGAGAAUCCGACUGAUAUGACCAUCGAGCAGCAGCGGGACGUGCUCGACAAGACCUAUCGCAUGCUGACCGAAUUUUCGGGCAAACCCCCACGCGGGAGCGUAGCACCUUGGUACUGUUCCAUUCCUCAUGUUAAAGUUGUCCACCGGUCUAACAAUGAAGGGAAUAGGUGGGAAACAAGCCGCGAAGGUGCCCAACUCCUCCUCGAUUACGGCAUCGAGUAUGACCACAGCAUGAGCCACGAAGACUGCCAGGCCUAUUAUCUACGGACGGGCGACAGCUGGACUAACAUCGACUACGGUAAACAGGCGCACGAGUGGAUGAAGCCGCUCGAGCACGGCCCCCAGACGGGACUCGUUGAGAUUCCUUCGAACUGGUACAUCGACGAUCUGCCGCCGAUGAUGUUCAUCAAGAAGGCACCCAAUAGCCACGGCUUCGCCAACCCACGUGAUAUCGAGGAUAUCUGGCGCGACCAUUUCGACUACUUCUAUCGCGAGUACGACGAGUUUAUCUUUCCUAUUUCGAUCCAUCCGGAUGUAUCAGGACGGCCGCAUGUGCUUCUUAUGCAUGAACGCCUUAUUGAGCACUUCAUGAAGCAUGAAGGCGUUGAGUUUGUCACUAUGGAGCAGGUUUGCGAUGAAUUCAAGAAGAAGAACGCGCCGCCUGCUGGGGCACUGAUGCCUGCGAAGGCGGGUGCGAUGUUGAAGUAA